AUGGAAAGAAUUCAGUUUCAAACAUCAUCUCGUAGAUGCAUUCUCGCAAUCGGUAACACCGGAAAUGGCAAAAGCUUUACAGCAACCAUUUUUGGGGCGAAAAAUGUGAAAAUCGGACAUUCAACCAAGUCCGAAACUGAUACAAUUUCGAUUCAUAAUACUAAAGAUGGAGAUUUCUACAUUGACACACCUGGGUUUGAUGAUUCUAACGAACAUAAGGACGAUGAACAAACUAAACGCUCUAUUUUUUUUAAGAUGAUGGAAGCGGGAAUUGAGAAUAUAACAACAAUAUUGUGGUUCGUGGCACCUGAUGACAGAGCGAAAGCUUCAUACAAACGUCAAGCAAAAUUUAUAGAAUCUUUGGGGAAAUAUUAUAACGGAAAUGCGUGGGAUAAUACCAUCAUUGUAACUAAAGGUGCCAAUGAUACAAGUAGUGCUGGCCCUCAUGAUGCUGCUAAAGAAAUGGCCACCUCACUUUCAAGAACUGGCUCUUUUAAAAUUUUAUUAUUUGAAAGUUUACCGCCUACUAGUAUUUAUAUUAAGGCGAAACUCCCAAGUGAUGAAUUGAAUGACUUUGGUGUUUUUAAAGGGUCGGAACCGGAACGAAUCCUUGCUAAGUAUGAAUCAUUAAUGGAAGGACAUGUCGACCGUCCGAUACUUCUCAAAAUUAGAAAAGUCAAGUGUUUGAAAUGUCCCGAAGAAACCGAUCCAAGGUUAGCAUCGCCCAAGUGUCAUUUGGAUUUGGAAUCGUUCCAUCCCAAUACAGAGCGUAUUCAUCAAGGAAAUGUUAUAGAUAUACAUCCGGCUCAACUUUUUCAUAAACACUCUGAUCUCUAUGUUGGAGCUAGUACUAGACAAGUGUUUGAUGAUAGUCCCCAAGCUUGGACCGUUCGUGUCGUUACUUUUGGAGGAAUAAAUCCUGAUAGACCCGAGUUCGUACCUGGAUACUGGAAGUGCUGCAAUAAUAACGAUGCUAAUGCACCUGGAUGCAAGCAAAUUUAUAGUUGUUGCGGAAAAGAUUAUCAAACUUUUGGAUGUGAAAAAAUUUACGAUGUGUGUAAACACAAAGUUUGGGAAACUCCUUGUUUUAUAAUCUGUGAAAACUGUAAGAAACGUUUGGAUGAAGUUGGUUGCAAAAAUAGGUGCAAGAAUUGCAAAAAUGAUAACUCACUUAGUAGAGAAGGUUGUAUCGAAGUAUCACAUAAUUUUCCUUAG